AUGGGAAAUGAAUUUUGCCUAUCCAAAAGAUCACCAAAACGGACAAUUUUAAAUGACGAUGAGAGACAAUAAGUAAAAAGAUUGUACAAGAAGCUCAUUUCUAGACAUGAUGAGUAAGUUAUUAAUUUGAUUAUUGAACUUACAAGAAUGAUUAUUUGAA